UUACAAGCAAGUGGUAUAAGUGGUCAAUUUGAGGAGCUGCUCUCGACUUCAAGGAGCCUGAGUGAGACCUUUUUAAUACCACUUGUUUGUAAUCAGUUGUUUAUUGAGAUAUUUAUUAAAUUAUAGUUUCCUUCAGUUCAAUCAUUUCUGUGGUCAGUGAUAUCAACAGUAUCAAUAAUUUGUACUAUGUGUGUGUCAAUAUAGCACAUGUAGCAGAGUGAUGUUCGUACAGAACAGUUUGAGAUAUGAUAUGCUACAAGAAAGACAAGGGAAGCAGCCAUUACUGAGAAAAAGCACCAGCACAUUACACAGGGCUCAUUUAACUGGUCAAAAAUUGAUCAUGAUUUCUUAAAGAAACCAAGCAUGAGGGAAAUUCAUUUCAGGCUUAAUGUUGUUAUUAGCGAUAUUCAUAGCGGUUAUAUAAAGCACAUCUGCUAUCCUUCAACAAUAAGUCACAUCAUUUGAUUGGGUAAUCUUGUAUUUUUUUUAUUGGUAUCUGUUUUGCAAGUUUUUAUCCUAAAAUUUACCAAAAUAAUGCAAUCUUGUUUACAAGAUAUAGUUAUAUAAUAGUGCUGGUAACUUGUGGUAAUCCUGGUAUAACACUGUGUUGUGAUGACAUAACAUAAACUACAAUGUACAUUGCCACAUUAAGUGACUGCUGUGUCAGUGUAGACUGUAGAGGCUGUUUACUGGAGGAGAUGUCAUCAAUCUAUCAACCAGUGGAGAGGAACGAUCACUCUACAGUACAGGUAGGAGACUACCUGUACAUGUGGGGUGGGGACCAGCCUGGUCUCCCUAAAGUACACAAUAAUGAGAAGAAGAGAUCAAUGUGUUCUGUAGUGGAGGUCUGUCACCUACCAACUGGUGAGUGGGUACAAAAGCCUACCACUGGUGACCCUCCACUUGGUGUUGGGGGAUAUGCUGCUGCUGUCAUUAGAAAUGAAAUAUUCUUUUUUGGAGGCUAUUGUGGUCAUCUUGGCUGUUAUCAUAAUAGCUUAUACAGUUUUAAUGUUGAUACCUUCAAUUGGAAGGAACUCUCUCCUACUACAUCUCAUCAUGGUCCUAUGAUGAAGUCCUUCUCUCGCAUGAUAGCAAUAAAAGUGAACGGUGAGGACUAUCUUGCAGUAAUUGGAGGACGUGGACCAUCUUCUAUGAAUACCCCACCACAACCUGGUGCCCAGUACAGUGGAGCUGUUUUUCAAUGUUGCAAUGAAGUCCAUAUGUACAGAUUAAAAACUGGUGAAUGGACUUCACCAACUGUCACUGGACACAGACCACCUCCUAUUAAUUCCUUCACUUUAAUAUCAAUAACUAAUACCACUGCUAUAUUGUUUGGUGGUUAUACUGGUAGUGAUGGAUGGAGUAAUGAUGUAUAUGUAUUUGAAUUUACUGAUACAUCAGUGAAAUGUACAAAGUAUUCUAAUCCUCGAGGAUCAGUAUGGCCUGAGGAGAUAAGUCGUCAUUCCAGUGUAUUGAUCAACUGUAGCUCAGGACCACACCUACUAGUGGUGGGUGGAGAUGGUACCAAUGACUGUUGGUUGUUACAUAUAAACAAAAUGGAAUGGAAAGAACUGACUAAUAUACCAGACAGUGUCACCGAUAGAGAUUAUCAUUCUCUCUCAGUUUGGAAUGAGACACAGACCACUCACUGGAUAAUUGAGUUUGGAGGAGAGAGAGAUGAUGGUUCAUCAAUCAGUGAUACAAGAUUUAUUGAAAUGAUAUCUAGUACUGGUGAUUUGGUAGUACAGUCAGUACUGGACAUUAAUGAAUAUCAGAAGAGAAGAGUACUGGAGGGACUUGCAAAAGCUCAUAUUAAAGACACUAGUACUGCAUCAGAUAAAGACAUUCUGGACAAAGUACCUCAAAAUGGUGACCUCUUUAGAUUGUUCAAAAGUUCUGCUGCCCAUUAUAUGAUCAUUGGGACUGCACUUGAUGUACAAGUGAAUGACCUGCUACCUACUCCAGGGGCUGCUACUGGUAACCUCAUACUAGUGUUCCAGAGAUGGAUGGACUCCAAUAAAGGAGUGACCUGGAGGAAAGUACUUCAAGUUUGUGAUGAUUAUCCAGACCAACUUGGAAGAGUAAAAGCUGAAGUGGAAGGAUUUCUAUCAUCAGACAGAGCCCGUGAUAGCUAUUAAGAAUAUUAUUCUGUCUUUUUCUGAGUGACUGCAUGUUAUUAUACUAGUUCAUUUAAUCCUUUGCAAUUUUAAUUUUAAUGUCCAUUUUGAAACAUUAGCUAUAACUCAAACAUUUUUGUUGGAA